AUGGUCGCCGGCUUGAAGGAAGGCAUCAACGUUGGAGCAGAUUUCGGCCUUCUCGUAGGACAGACAGCAACACUUGCCAACAGGGACCCCUUGGCGGGCACCUUCAACCUUGACGACCUGCGCGCUCAUAACUUCCCCAUCGAGCACGAUGUUAGUCUAUCCCGGCAGGACAUUUACCAGGGGAACAAUCUGGUCUUCAACCAGAAUGUGUUCAACGAGGUCCUCGAUUUCUACGAGGGCAUGAACGCAGCAACAAUUCCAGUUGCUGCGCAGACCAUCUGGAGCCGAGUCGAAACCCAGCGCCGCCUCAAUCCCAACACACUGAUAUAUGGUCCCCGACAGCUCUUUCUCAGUCUCGGAGAGACAUCACUUUACUUGAGCGUUAUGGGUGAUCCAUUGACAGGAGUCGCGCCGGUCUCUUACGUGAAAUCGCUUUUUGAGAACGAAAGGUUGCCAUACGAGCAGGGGUGGCAGAAAUCGCUGCUGGAGACCAAUUUUGUUACUCUGGGGGCAAUGAUCGGACAGCUUGUCCUUAACGACGCUCCCGAUUUCGCGCGUGACCUGCCGAACUUGAAUGCAGGAGGUUUAAGAGAUGCAUUUGCGCUGAGAGAUCCACUGACCGGCAUUAUUGGCAAUGCCACGUGCGGUCUCCUGGGAACAUGCUGA